AUCCAAAUUUGUAUUUGAAAAUUAAUAAAUAAUUAGAAAAUGUUAAGGGCAUGGUUGCUAUUACGGCUGCGCGUGGUUCCUAUAAAUCGUGCCACCGCAUACCUCCUCCUCUUACACCCUCUAUUUUAUCCUCUUCGGCGCUCUGUUUUUUUUUUUCGAGCAAAGAAAAAAUAAUUUAAAUAAAUAAUAAUAAUAAAAUAAUUAAAAUGAAAAGUGUUGCUAUUUGUCUACCCAAUUCCACAUCUCCUACUAUCCUUGUCGGAGCCCCGUCUCCACUGACCCGACCCGUUUUCAAGCACUCAUCGUCUUCCACAAUCUCCACCUGCGUACACUCUUCCAGAACAGAAGCGCCUCCUCAAAUACGUCUCCCACAAAUCGACGACGGCUACGGGAAUUACUGCCGGACGAAUUUCCCCGAUCUACUUUCCCGCGCCGCCCCGAACAGCCUCCUCCACGGCGGCGCCGACGAUUUAUGGCGGCGGAUGAAGGAGGAGGCCACGUCGGACGCCGAUCAGGAACCAAUCCUCUCGAAUUACUACUUCAAUUCAAUCUCCUCACACGAUUCAAUGGCGAGUGCCCUAGCAAAUCACCUCUCCAUGAAAUUGAGCAAUUCCAGCCUCCCGAGUGGGACACUCCACGACCUUUUCCUUGGGGUGCUGGCGGAGGAUCGGGAAAUCAUGGCCGCCGCCGCCGACGAUCUGAGGGCGGUCAAGGAGCGGGACCCUGCCUGUAUAAGCUACGUCCAUUGCUUUUUAAAUUUCAAGGGUUUCCUAGCCUGCGAGGCUCAUCGGAUUGCGCACAAUUUAUGGUGCGGCGGCCGGAAAAUCCUAGCCCUAGUGAUACAGAACCGGGUGUCGGAAGUUUUCGCGGUGGAUAUUCACCCGGGGGCGAGAAUCGGGCGGGGGAUACUGCUGGACCACGCGACGGGGGUGGUGAUCGGAGAAACGGCGGUGAUCGGCGAUAACGUGUCGAUCCUCCACAACGUGACCCUGGGUGGGACCGGGAAGGCGAGCGGCGACCGCCACCCGAAGAUCGGCGACGGCGUUCUGAUUGGGGCGGGGACAUGCGUUUUGGGGAGCGUGGGAAUUGGGGAUGGGGCUAAAAUCGGGGCGGGUUCGGUUGUGCUGAAACGGGUGCCCGCGAGAACCACGGCAGUGGGUAAUCCGGCUAGAUUGAUUGGAGGGAAGGAUAAUCCUGUGAAGAUGGAUAGAUUGCCACCUGGUUUGACUAUGGAUCACACUUCUGAUAUAUCCCAGUGGUCGGAUUAUGUUAUAUGAUUAAUUAAUUAAUUAAUUAAUCCUUCUUUGUUUGGGCUGAUUACUUCUGUUCUUUGUAUUAUUGCAAGGAUAUAAUAUGAAUUGGACCUAAAUUAAACUAUAUGUUGUUGGGCCUGGGCUUUUCUUGGAUCUUUCAGAGAAUGGGCUUAUUUUUGUGGAUUUAUUUGAAUUUUAUUUUAUUUGGA